GAACACACAGACAUUCAUCUCAUCUGGCUCAUCAUCAUUUGAAGGCACUGCAUAAAUUCUCAGCUCCCAAUCAGAGCUCAGGACUUCGGCGUGGUGGCAUCGUCUUCUCAACUCCAGCUGACUGGUAUCCUCCGAAGUGGUUCCGAGUAAAGAUGUAUUGUACUGACCAGCAGUGUAAGCAAGCAUGCUUGCCCCCUCCUUCCUACCAGAAGAUUGUUGGGACUCAAGAUAUAUCAGGAUGUGGACCACGAUACAGAUGCCAGAGAGGACAGUCCUACACACCCCAAUGUAUAUCACCAUGCCCUCCCCAGCAGAGACACUCCUAUGUACCAGUAUCCCCACAGUCAUGUUCUCCCCAGAGGCAACCUUCGUAUCCUUUGCAACACCGUCCAACCUUUGUGCCUAAAUGGAUCCAACCAUCAUGUCCUCUGCAGCACCGUCCAGCCUUUGCACCAGACUGCAUACAACCACCACGUCCUCUGCAAUGCCGUUCAUCCUUUUCACCCGACAGCAUCCAACCAGUACCUCCACUGCAACGUCGUUCAUCCUUUUCACCGGACACCAUCCAACCAGUACCUCCUCUGCAAAGCCGUCCGUCCUUUGCACCUGACUGCAUACAACCACCAAGCCCUAUCCAGAACCAACCACUGCUUGCACCAGACCAUCUACAACCAGCAUCGCCUCCCCACAGUAAACCAUCAUGUUCCUCAGAUAGCAUCCAACCAUCUUAUCCUCACCAGGGCCUUCCAUCGAUUGUCCCGGACCACAUAGAAACCACAUGUCCUCCCCAGCGUCAGCCACCAUGUUCCUCAGAUACCCUACAACCAUCGUAUCCUCCCCAGAGAAAGCCAUCCUUUACACCAUCAUAUCCUCCCCAGAGUCAGCCACCAUGUUCCUCAGAUACCCUACAACCAUCGUAUCCUCCCCAGAGAAAGCCACCAUGUUCCUCAGAUACCCUACAACCAUUGUAUCCUCCUCAGAGAAGGCCAUCCUUUACACCAUCAUAUCCUCCCCAGAGUCAGCCACCAUGUUCCUCAGAUAUACAACCAUUGUAUCCUCCCCAGAGAAAGCCAUCCUUUACACCAUCAUAUCCUCCCCAGAGUCAGCCACCAUGUUCCUCAGAUACCCUACAACCAUCAUAUCCUCCCCAGAGAAAGCCACCAUGUUCCUCAGAUACCCUACAACCAUUAUACCCUACAACCAUCAUAUCCUCCCCAGAGAAGACCAUCCUAUACACCACCAUGGAUCCAGCCAUGCUCUUCACAGGGCGAAGCAUCCUAUGA